AGAGAGAGAGAGAGAGAGAGACCGACACAGAGAAAACCCAGAAAGACUUUGAAUUGGAAUUUAAGUUUUUCGGCUGUGGUUGGUUGGUUCCUUUGUGGGUUUUGAGCAUUUGGGUAGUUUGGGUUUGGCGUUCUGAGAUAUGGGUAGGGGGAAGAUUGAGAUCAAGAGGAUUGAGAAUGCUAAUAGCAGACAAGUCACAUUCUCAAAGAGACGUGCUGGGUUGCUCAAAAAGGCUCAAGAAUUGGCUAUUCUUUGUGAUGCUGAGGUUGCUGUUAUCAUCUUCUCUAAUACUGGAAAGCUUUUUGAGUUUUCCAGUGCUGGUAUGAAGCAAACUCUUUCAAGGUAUAACAAGUGCUUAGAUUCUUCAGAGGAUGCAGCAGAAGAAUCCAAGGCAGAGAAGCAAGACUUCAAGGAGCUGGAUGUUCUAAAGGAUGAAUUUGCAAAGCUACAAAAGAAACAAGUAAGGCUAUUGGGUAAGGACUUGACUGGUUUGAGCUUGAAAGAAUUGCAGCAACUAGAACAGCAAUUAAAUGAAGGAUUAUUGUCAGUGAAGGAGAGGAAGGAGCAAUUACUAGUGGAGCAACUAGAGCAAUCAAGAGUACAGGAACAGCGUGCUAUACUUGAGAAUGAAACGUUGCGCAGACAGGUUGAGGAGCUUCGGUGUUUAUUUCCACAAACUGACCGUGCAGUCCCAUCUUAUCUGGAAUAUUAUCCUGUGGAAAAAGAGAAAUCCCUUGUAAACCAUGGUGUCACAAGCCCAGAUUUGGUCAGCAAUUUUGCAUUUGAGAAUGGAGAUUCUGACAUCACCUUGCAUUUAGGGGUGGACUAAUCUGGCUCCCACAGGAGGGAUUCUGUUCCUUCUUUUGCAACUACUGCCUUUUCACAGGACCUUACAGGGCUCCCUAGCUAUAGGUUAACUUGAUUUUGUAGCCUUUUAUUUUGCUAUGAUCUUAUUUAGCUUCUCUUAGAGGGGUUUUGUCCUUUUUGUUCCUCUUUCUUCAUGUAUCCUUUAUCUAUUUCAACAAAUUUCUUCGUAUCAUCGAGGUUUUAUAUAAAUAAAAAAUAUAAGUAAAUAAAUAUGCCCAACUGUACAAUCGAGACUAAAAGGCCUCAAAUAAAUUUUGGGGAUGGAUUGUGGUUAGGAUGGGCCAGCCAAAAUAUACCCCAGCCCUGUUAAGAAAACUUUAAAUUUAUUUGCCCCUAUGAUUUCUUGUUUUACAGUUGAUGUAAAACAAGUUUCUCAAGUGAAAAUUAACAUUGUUAUCUUAUUCUGUUCGUUGUACAUCUACUGUCUU